AGAGACGUACCAAAUAAAGGCCUGGGGGUUCAAGUAGGCGAACCGGAUCGCAAACUGUGAUCAUGCUAUCUCUGACCCAUUUCAAGCAUGAUAUAAGAGUUUGCUAUAUCCCCCGUAUUGACCCAGAUUGUUUGGCUUGAUUUCACAAAGAAUCGGCUUCAGUGCAAUUGUCACCCAAAUCUGAGGAUGGCUACACAAGAGAUUGCUGACACAGGACCGGGCGCGCUUAUAGCGGGAGAUGACCCCUCGUUAUCAAACACGAUAGAAGAAUCGCCCAUUGAGCGUCAUGGUUCGCCCGACUCAUCUGAGUCACUUUCCGCUUCCACCAGCUCGGUUUCUAUCAGGUCAGUUUCUACCGGGUCGAUACGAGCAUCGACUCCGUUUGGAGACCACGAAUGUGAAGUAAAAGUUCUAUACGAGGGCCCCCCAAAGUGCCCAUGCUGUAAGAAUUGGGUUGAAGAGUAUCCUGAUGAUCUUCGUAUUGCCCUCGAGGAGCAGCCGGAUGUCAAACUGAAGGCUCUCGUUGUGCGCAUGCGGAAGAACCACGGGGACGGCAAGCCUCUAGUCUUGGAUUCUGUGGUCAUCCAAAGCCCAUCACUGAAGGAAACAUUAGGAGAGGUCUUUCAAGGCUACAGCGGCAUUACAGCAUCUCUCAAGAAGGUAGUUUUCAAAUCGCCAUUUCGCCCUUUCUACUCCCGCUGGCAACGCUUUGGACAAGUCUUAGAGCGCCAAAAGAAAGAGGACCCAGCCUCUGCGGCAGUUUCUCAGCUACUGUAUGAUGUACUCUACGCCGAGCUGCACGAUACCAUGACAGAAAUCCGAGACCUCAUUGAGCACCGCGUCAUCACCUAUCCGCUGCUCUGGGCCCUCUUUGAGCCUGGUAAACUCGUUGUUCAAGAUUGCCAGGGAGAAAAGCGCUUCUAUAUCUUCGAAAGUUGCAGUUACAAAGAAGAAGGUUGCAUGAUAUUAGCAGCUAAAUUUGUUGAUUGGGACUCACAUCAUUUUGGAUACGCUACUCAGUUUCUGGAAAUCCGUGGAUUCAAUGGCACGCGGAACAUUACUGAACUGGAACUGUUCCCAGCGCAAUUCCUCUUGUCGAGAGAAGAGAUCGAAGCAGUAGCGAUCAGGCGAGGCGCCAAAUUCCAAGCCCUUCGUGAGUUUCAUUACAUGGCACACUCGGGAUAUGUUGAGCACAAGCUCGGCAAACGCAAGGUUGACGGACGCAUUAUUAUAGACGCUGUUUCAUUUUUCCACGCCAAUCCAUCCAAGAGGCUUGUGCUAGCUCCUUUGAACAAUGAUCCAGUCAUGCCCAAAAUACAAGUCGCCGAUGAGACACAUCUCCAGUCUAACCUUCCAGGUGCACCUAUCCCAUACCCUGGAGGAUCACGGCCUAGCGGGAUGAACGACCAGCAUAUUCUGCGCGAAGUCCGGAAAAGAAAGCUCCAAACCGGAGAAUUGCCGUUACCAACUACGCAAAAGAGAGAGACAGUUGCUGAUCUCACCCAAGAACAACUACUCCUCUGUAAUCCAUACGUCCGAGGCUAUUCCCUCAAGUUGAAGAACUGGUUCGAGUUUAGGGUAGAGGAUGUAUAUGAUAUUACCUGGAAUGAUGCCGCCUUCCCUAGUCUGAUCUUGCCCAAAGGCCUAAAGGAUCUAAUAUUGACGUUCGUAGAAGGGCAAUCUUUGAAUAAGGUCUCCUUUGAUGAUGUAAUCGAGGGGAAAGGACAAGGCAUCAUCAUGAUGCUAGUCGGGAACCCAGGCACAGGCAAGACGCUGACCGCUGAGGCAAUUGCUGAUAAAGUUAGGAAACCCCUUUACAUUCUGAGCGCAGGCGAACUGGGCCAAGAUGCGGAAGACGUCGAAGACCGGUUGCGAUCAGUCUUGACCCUCACCGAAAAGUGGAAUGCUAUUCUGCUCUUUGACGAGUGUGAUGUCUUUAUACAAGAGCGAACAACAAGGGACUUGGCGCAUAACGAGAUCGUCGCAGUGUUUCUACGCCUUCUCGAGUAUUAUCGCGGUAUCUUGUUCAUGACGUCCAACCGCGCCGAGACGAUCGACAGGGCGUUCCACAGUAGAAUCCACCUGACUCUUCACUACCCAGACCUGGAGCCAACCGCGAGGGAACACAUCUGGAGACAGUUUACCCGCCAGUCGCAGUUCGAGAAUAAGUUGUCAGAUGAUUAUCUCAAGCAUCUUGCGAAGCUGCCGUUGAAUGGGCGUCAGAUAAAGAAUGUAGUCAAGAUAGCCACGCUCCUUGCCGCGCAGCAGAAUGUGGCGCUAGGGAUAGACCAAGUUCAGACCGUGCUGGAGGCGACUAAGCAAGUAAGCGCCGGUUACGAGGUUUGACCUAAUCUGGAUCAUUGGGGUGUGCGCUUUGAGCGACUUUAGGGUAUUAGUGAUUUCGACAUCUUCACUACAAGUCUUGAUGAAAUGAAGGCGCCUUGACUGGUUGUUACUUGUUCUUUAUAUCUCUUUAUUUGCCAGCUGGAGGAACUAUCAUCAGAGUUGAGGCAUGGCUACCCCGGUCAAACUCAUUUUUGAGUAUAUCAGGAUCGCCCAGAACUGAACUUGCACAAGCUUAAUGCUGGAGUCAUAAUUCUUAUAGGCAUCUUCAUCCUAUGUCGCAUGCCACAAAUACUGCGGAAUCUGGGAUAGCGCUGUUAUUCGAUUCCUUGGUCUCUCCUUUUCCACUUCACCUAUCGAAAUAUAAAAUAAGAAAAUAGCAGCUUUCCCGAACAUUGCUUGCCUCAACGGCUUAAAUCAUCCUCACUGGUAAAGGAUGCAAUGCCGUCUUCGUAGUUGUUGGAUGAUGUGGAUUCAUCUUAGAUAUAAUAGGUGUCAAGUUGGAUAAACUGGGUCCCUCAAUUCUUU